AUGUUUUCAUCUCACUAUGUUCACUUUGCUUCUGGAAACUUGCAGAAAGAGUUAGAAAAUGAAAUUGUAAGCUUGAAGAAAGCUGUUGAGUCCUCUGAACUCCAGCGCAUGCAGCUCCAGAAUGAAAUCAAGACUCUGACUGAACAGCUGAAGAAGAAGGAAACAGAAUUUGCACAUGAGAUGGAGAACCUGGGCAGUAAGGACUUGGUGCAGGAGGUGCUGAAGCUUCGCCGCUCUCUGGAUGAUGCAGAGCUGCUGAGCAGAGACACAAGGAAGGAGUGGGCUGUCCUACGCAGUCGCAGCAUUUCUUUGGAGGAGACGAAUGUGACUCUGACUGCCAGCCACGAGAAAAGGGAGGCGGAGGUGAAGAGCCUGCGUUUUCAGCUGGAGACGGAGAAGUCGCGUUACAGAAAGAUGCAGAGCGAUCUCCAGAAGGAGCUGAAUGUCGCAUUUGAUGAGAACACCAAGCUCACCACUCUGCUAGAUGGCAAUGUGCCUAAAAAUCUGAUUGACAGCAUAGAGCUUGAGAGAACUGUUGCCAAUCUAAAUAAAGAGUUGAUGGCAUCUCGUCAAGUGGAGACGGCCUUGAGAGCUCAGCUAGAUGAGCUGGCUGCAUGUCAGACUCUCCCAGAUAAAGUGGACGCCUUGGUAAAGCAGCUUGAAGGAAGUGAGCAGGAGCGAGGAGCUCUGGAAGGAAAACUGAGCGACGUGCAGCAGCUGAUCAAGGAUUUGGAGGAGAAGCUUGCUGACAGCGAAGCUUCCAGAAGCACUGAGGAGGAGAUUAGCAGAGAGCUUCAAGAACAAAUCAGCCAGUUAAAUGAAGAACUUCGGUGUGUGCGAGCUGAGAAAGCCGAGCUCCUGUCCGAGCAGAGCACUGCUGAUCAGAGGUUUGCAGAGGAGACGGAGAAGCUGCUCUCUGCUGUAACAUCUGUGACCGCAGAGAGAGACGAGCUCAGGGUGAAGCUGCAAGAACACGUGGACAAGGCGUUUGUGGGUCGCGGUAAACUCAGGGGCCAUGUUGUCAGGGGUCUUAGAGAUGGGUUGAGAAGUUCAGUCACUGGGGUGGAGUUCAGUAGAGCUGCUGCUUCUCCGCAUCAACAGAAACCAGCUGAGGCACUUCAGGCAUCUGACAAGGAUGUCACCUCAGCUGGUCUGGGUCCUACUGAGAGGAAACCCAGCGUGUACCCAGGACACGCUGCAAAGGUUCCAUCUCUCGACUGGCCUGAUCUGACCUGUGCUACCCUGCAUAAGUUCGAGGAGAGAGACGAGCUGCAGGAGAUCCUGGAGGGUCUGAGGCAGGAGAAGCAGCAGCUCCGGGCAGAGCUGGAGGACAGGGUGGAGAUGCUGCAGGGUGCUCUACAGGCUGUCACAGAGCAGAAGAGCCAGUUGGAGGGUGAUCUGCAGCGUAGUACAGUCACGGCUGCUGAGGCUCAAAGUCUCAUGCAUUCCCUUCAAGAGCAGCUCAAAGAACAAAAUAAAAAUUGCGAUCUCGAAAGAGUUGACCAAGAAACGCAGGCUCAGCUGAAACUACAGGUCGAGGAGACCAACAGUCUACUUCAGUGUCUUCAAGAGGAGCUAAAGGAGCAGAAACAAAAGCUGUGUGAUCGUGUGCAACUCUAUGAGCAAAAGGAAGUGGACUUCACACAGCAGUUAACGACCCUCUCUGAGGAGCUUGACAGCGCCCGAGCAGAGAGAGAUGCCCUGUUGCUUCAGAAGGAACAGACAGAGAGCAGACCGAGCAGUGGCAAAGAUGCAGGCAGUACCCUCCAGUUACAAGAGCUCACAGACCAGAUUCAGAGACUGACUGAGGAGCUGGAGAGUGUGAGAGCAGAGAGAGACAGUCUGCUGUCUGAGAAGGAGCUCAGCACUCAGACCUCCACAGAGGAGAUGGAGAAGCUGCUGUGCAGAGUGACGUCUGUCAGCGAGGAGAGAGACGAGCUGCAGGAGAUCCUGAAGGGUCUGAGGCAGGAGAAGCAGCAGCUCCGGGCAGAGCUGGAGGACAGGAUGCAGAUGAUCUCAGCCAUCCAGGACAAGCUGAGUCAGCUGAACAUGCAGCAGCAGCCUGAGAGAGGAGAGCAAGAAGCCAAGCUGCAACAAGACAUACUGCAGCUUAAAGAGCAAGUUCAAAUGCACACAGAAAGACGCGCUCAGGCUGAAAGUGAAGCAGAUGCAGUGCAGCAGUUGCUCAGCGAAGCGAACGCAACCAUCUCUGCUCUCAGAGAGCAGCUCAGCAGGUCAGAGCCGAGCACCAGCGGGACUAAGGAGCUGCUGUCGUCACAACUGCAAAACUCCACCACACAGCUUGAGGAGUCCUUCAAAAGCUUCCAGCAAUUCAUAGACACUUGUUGUAGUUAUGACAAUAUAACUCAGGACAAGGGCCUGAGGGAGCGGCAUUCCCUGAAGCAUCCUCUUCCCAAGGCCACCAAGGAUGCCUAUGAUGCGGUCUUUCAGCUGGGACAGUCAACUGAUGAAAAUCUCAGAAAAAUUCAAGAGCUGCUGCGUGUGAAGGCACUUGGCUACAGGAACAUUUUUGAGGAGCUGGUGAAAAACAACUUGGCCGUCUUCGAGGAGAGACGGCUGCAGGAUGUGCUUCUAUGCAGAGCGCAGGCGCCCAGCCACUCUGUUCAAGUCGAGGGCUUUGACACACUGUGGGAGCAGAGACUGCCUGAGCUGCUGGACAGGAGGCAACUUUACAUGGAGAAAAUGAGCAGCAUUUUGGACAAGCUCUGGGACCACAUGACCUCCUACCUCCAUGAGCUGAAGGGUGAGAUUCAAGGACGAUUCAAGUUCAAUAAGCAGCUGCAGGUCCUGAUCACCAACCAGCCAAUUAGCUUCAGUGGGCUGGACAGCAUCCUGGAGCCGGAGUCUGACCGCAGAACGGCAGGGAUACAAAGCAAGAAAUGUCUUCUGCAGAGUAUCACUGAUGAGCAGAAGGGUCUGUUUGAAGAGCUAAAACAGCUGGAGGCUGAGGCAGAGUCUCACCUUAGGGAGGUGAAAAGCAAAAGUUCCACUUUGCUGCAGGCGCUGGAGGAGGGAGCGCUUCUGACAGUCGCAGCUCUGCUGAAGGAAACCCAGCAGCUAGCUUCUCAGCUGAAACACGCAGAGGAAAAAGUGAAAGCUCUGCAUAUUCAAAAUGAGCAGCUGGAGGAGGCACGCAUCAAAGCUGAUGCCAAAGUUUCCAACCACAAAGAGGCAACACAACUCCUGCAGACUGAGCUGCAGGACAACCGUGCACUAGUUGAAGAGAAAGAGAACGCUAUACAAGCUCUGAAGAGCAAAAUUCGAGAAUCUGAGAAAAAAUCAUCACCCAGUGCGGCUGAGCUGGAGAAGCUUCAGACCAAGCUGUUGCAGUUGGAGAUGAAGCUCAGCUCAGCAUCCGACGAACACAAACGAGAGAUCCAGGCGAUGAACACACUGUUGGAGGAAAAAGAACAGUUACUGAGGAAGCUUAAAGAGACUUUGAGAAAAUCCCAACAGGAGGGAGAAGAGUCGUUCUUGCAGGGUAAAGACCUUCAUGCCAGACUGACCAACCCCAGGAGUUCUGUGGUCAGCAGCAGUAUUCUGAUGGAGAAAUCCAAGCUGGAGAAGGAAGUCAGCCAGCUUCACAUGAAAAUCACAGAACUGGAAAGUGUGGUUGCCAGUCAGCAGGCUGAGAUUACCAAGUGGAAGAACAGAGCCAUCAAACUAAAGGUGAGGAACAAAGUGGAAGAGGACAAGCUUCAGUCACCUAGCACUCCCACCAAGAGGGGCUUUCCCAUGACCUCUGACUCCUCUAACCUGCUGAGCUCACCUAAAAAGUUUUUGAUACCUGCCAAGAAGCUCCUGGACACUCCCAGGAAGGGUUUGGAGUCACCCAGAAAGCUGCUGGAUUCGCCAAAGGCCUCUCUCCUCAAAUCCCCCAAAAGCAGAUUCUUUGAUGUGGGCGGAAGCUCUGAGACACUGUCCCGAAACUGUCCCAAGCAGUUCUUCGACAACUCGAGCCUUGGAACCAUUCCAGAGGUUUCCCGUGUUCCUGAAACAGCAGCUCCAGAACAGGAUGUCACUGUGGACACGGACAAAAACGAGUGGUGGCCAAAGUCUCCAAAACAGGAAGAAAUGUGUAAAACACAAUAACGUGUUUGUAAAGAGCAGUAUUUUUUACCUUUGUUUGUAAUGUUUAUGUACUUUUAUUUCCCACUUUCAUUUUUCCCUUUUCAUCCUAAGAAAUUUAAUAAAUGUGUUUUUAAU